GCGCAGCUGACAAUUUCAAACUGAACGGCGGGUAGCACAAGUCUGCGGAGAAGAGAGUAGCGUCACAAAGACCUUUUAGAGGAGAAUCUGUUAGUGAUAGUUGGUACCAUGACCAGUACUCUGAAGGGAAUCACGCUUAAAGGAAGCGCAGAGUUGGUGGCUGAGUUCUUCUCGUUCGGCAUCAACAGCAUCCUGUACCAGCGGGGCAUCUACCCUCCAGAGACCUUCUCCAGAGUCACACACUAUGACAUGAGCCUUCAGCUCACCUCUGACCCCAAGCUGAAGAACUAUCUGACCAAUGUGGUGUCUCAGCUCAAAGAGUGGCUGUUUGAGUGCACCGUGCAGAAGCUGGUGCUGGUCAUCACGUGCCUGGAAACCAACGAGGUGCUAGAGAGAUGGCAGUUUGACAUCGAGUGUGACAAGUCAGCCAAGGAGAGCAGUGCUCCCAGGGAGAAAUCCAUCAAGACCAUUCAGGAUGAGAUCCGCUCUGUCAUCAGACAGAUAACAGCCACGGUGACCUUCCUCCCUCUGCUGGAGACGCCAUGUGCCUUUGAUCUCCUGGUCUACACUGACAAAGACCUGGUAGUUCCAGAUAAGUGGGAGGAGUCCGGCCCGCAGAUUAUUGACCAGUCAGAAGAGGUGCGUCUGCGCUCUUUCACCACCUCCAUCCACAAGGUGAACAGCAUGGUGGCUUACAAGAGAACCGACUCGGUGUGACUAUCUGAACCACACAAGCUGUAAAUGGCACCGCCACCUGCUGGUUGAAGUAGAUUUUACUGUCCCCAGUCCACCUCAUGGAUGGACAUAGAACUUGUUUUUCUGUUCUGAACCUCAUUUUGUCUGGACUCAACAUGGAGAAAUUCUGUUCUUUCCAUUCUGAUGUAAAUAUUUCUCAUGAACAGCUGUUUUCUUUAAUGCCUCUGUUUUUUCAAAGUUUCAGCCUCUUCUGUUUUAUCAGAUAGUGCUUUAUAUGUCCAACUUUUAAAAACUGUCACAAAUAAAAUAGCUUCUGCUUUUCCCAGA